AAUCUAUUUAGUUUCAAAGUCGUUGAACAAGAGUCUUUGAUUGACCCACAACGCAACAAACGACGCCGUAUUUGGUAUUUUAGUUUCACAAGCUUCUCUUGCCUACUUCCUCUCUCUCUCACACGCUCUCUCUCUUUCUCUCUCUCACACUCUCUCUAUAUACUAUUGUAGCCUCCGCCAUAACCAAAAGCUCGCACAACCUCUCUCCAAAACCCACGCUAAACAUGGAAGACUCCAAGAAUUUAGCGGAGGAACAAAAGAACCCCUUUGUAGUCUUCUUCACGAACUUGAUUUCCUCAAUUAAGUUGCCCUUCCCCCCGAAGAAAGAUGGAGCUAAGUCAGAGCCCGCCGCAGCUGAUUCUCAAGCAGCGGAGCCGUUGAAAUUGAGUCCACCGGCGGCGGAGGAUGAUGGCGGCAAGCCGGGUUUCGUGACGUUUCCGCGGCAGAACGUGGACCAGAUCAAAUUGGAAGGGGAGGCUGAUAUAGCUGGACAGACAACUAAUCCGUUGAUUUUAUGGCAGGUCUAUGCUUUAGGAGGCUUUUUAGUUGUGAGGUGGGCGUGGAUGAGAUGGAAUGAGAGGAAGGGACAGAAGAAGCCAGACGAUGAUCCUGCCCCGUCUCAAGAUUAGCCGCUUGAGCCUUCCAAGUAAAUGGAUAGAUAUAUGGUUGUUCAUAAUCAUGCUCUAUUCUAUAAAGGAAAUGUAGCUCAAACUUCAUACACUCAAAACAUCAACUUUCUUGCCAA